AAACGAAAAAUGACUUUCGUCGGUUCGGUUCGUUCCUUGUUCGAGCAGUGAAGAAACGGAGUUCGCUUUUUGGUGCUUCAUUUGUAUUAUCUUGUUUCUAAUAAAUUGUGUAUAACCCACAGAAAAACGUGAAAAAAUGUCCACCGUAGCAAGCGCCCUUUCUCUGGCAGGAACCCGGACAUCCGGUGCUCCGGUUCGUACUCAAAAUGUUAUGGCAGCAUCCUCCAUCGCCAAUAUUGUCAAAUCGUCUCUCGGUCCAGUGGGACUCGAUAAAAUGUUGGUCGACGACAUUGGAGAUGUGACAGUCACCAACGACGGUGCAACCAUCCUGCGAAUGCUCGAAGUGGAACAUCCAGCCGCCAAAGUUCUUUGUGAACUGGCUCAAUUGCAAGACGAGGAAGUUGGGGAUGGUACCACUUCCGUGGUGAUUAUUGCGGCUGAGCUUCUGAAGAACGCCGACGAGCUGGUCAAACAGAAGAUCCACCCGACCUCAAUCAUUGCUGGCUACCGUUUAGCUUGUAAGGAAGCCUGCAAGUACAUUUCGGAGCACCUGACAGCCCCAGUUGAUGAGUUGGGUCGUGAAUCGCUGGUCAAUGUGGCGAAGACUUCGAUGAGUUCUAAAAUUAUCGGAGCCGAUGCAGAUUUCUUUUCGGCUAUGGUGGUUGAUGCAGCGCAGGCCGUUAAGAUUAUUGACCCAAAGGGUAAUCCGAUGUACCCUAUCAAGGCGGUGAAUGUGUUGAAGGCGCACGGCAAAUCAGCGCGUGAAAGCGUUCUUGUGCAAGGCUAUGCUCUAAACUGCACGAUUGCAUCUCAACAAAUGCCGAAGAAAGUAACCAACGCAAAGGUGGCAUGUCUGGACUUUUCGCUGCAAAAGACCAAAAUGAAAAUGGGAGUGCAGGUUUUGAUCACCGAUCCUGAAAAGCUGGAAGGCAUCCGUUCGCGCGAGUUGGACAUCACCAAGGAGAAGAUCGAAAAGAUCCUGGCGACCGGCGUCAAUGUCGUACUUUGCAGUGGCGGAAUUGAUGAUCUUUGCUUGAAGUACUUCGUCGAGGCUGGUGCCAUGGCAGUCCGCCGCGUUAAAAAGUCCGACCUGAGGCGAAUCGCCAAGGCCACCGGUGCUGCCUUUUUGACCUCGCUCACCAACAUGGACGGUGAGGAGAGCUUUGAGGCUAGCUACGUCGGAGAAGCAGCUGAAGUCGUGCAGGAGUUUAUCUGCGAUGACGAGUUGAUCAUGAUUCGUGGACCCAAGGCCCGAACUGCCGCUUCGAUCAUUUUACGUGGCCCUAACGAUUUCUACUGUGAUGAAAUGGAACGCUCCAUUCAUGAUGCGCUGUGCGUAUCUAAAAGAGUGUUGGAAGGCAAGAAGGUUGUUGCUGGAGGUGGUUGCGUGGAAGCUGCCCUUUCGAUCUAUCUGGAGAACUUUGCUACCUCGUUGAGCUCUCGGGAACAGCUUGCAAUUGCUGAGUUUGCUAAGUCGUUGCUUGUAAUCCCCAAAACGCUGGCCGUGAAUGCUGCAAAGGACGCAACCGAUUUGGUGGCAAAACUCCGUGCCUAUCACAACUCUAGCCAGACUAAGGUGGAUCACGCCCACCUGAAGUGGUGCGGACUGGAUUUGAUCGAAGGAGUAGUAAAAGACAACAAGAAAGCCGGUGUGCUGGAACCGGCUAUGUCCAAAAUCAAAUCACUGAAAUUCGCGACCGAAGCCGCCAUUACUAUUCUGCGUAUCGACGAUAUGAUCAAGUUGAAUCCCGAGGAGAAACAAGGUAAAAGCUACGGAGAUGCGUGUGCCGCGGGUGAGUUGGACGGUUAAGAAGCAUCUCAUUAUUCUUGUAUUAGAUUCGUUUUAAAUAAGUCUUUUUGCUCGUAUUUGCUGACUCUAUCGCUUGUUACUCACAAAGUCGACCCAACAAUGGCAUUGUUUCCCCAGUUCUCAGCACACCAAACAGUCACUUUGAUUUCUAAUUUUUGUAACUCAACUAAUAGCUGGGUAGGGUGAGACUUUUGAUUCCCUAAAAGAGGAAAUAGCUCCAUUGUUAUUCCAGAAUUACUCGACAGUGUUGCUACUUGACCCUUUUUAUGAUCACAGUGUGUAUGCACAAAAGUCUCAUUAGAGCGGCUUUAGAAGUAGAGAAUACCCUACCCUGGUUAACCGGUAUGUGCCGCAGCGUAUUUGCAUAACACAUUUAGAAAAAAAUCGCAAGGCAGAACGGCAAAUUACAUGCGGAUUCAUCUGAUUCAUUCGUCUACAUCUAAAGAAUCAUAUUCACCUCUAAUAUAAUUUAAUACCUAAUGGUAAA